AUGGGUGAUGCUAGUCUCAGGAAAAGCAAGCUUUCGUGGCCCAAAACAUUGGUAAAGAAAUGGCUCAACAUCAAGACCAAAGCAGAAGACUUCCACGCUGACGACAGAGACCUCUACAGAGGGGAAGGUGGAGAGUGGAGGAACAAUGGCAUGGAAAGAGAAGAAGCAUGCUCUGUCCUCAAAAGCAAAACUGAGACUCAUCGGAGCAAAAGGAAUAGCAGAAGACAGAGACGAAACAAACCCGAAUUCGAAUCACCACUUGUUAAACAAGUUGAUCAUCUCAGAGUUUUCACUGCAACGUGGAAUGUAGCCGGAAAGUCACCACCGAGUUAUUUGAAUCUUGAGGAUUGGCUUCACACUUGUCCUGCUUCUGACAUUUACGUUCUUGGCUUCCAAGAGAUCGUUCCUCUGAACGCCGGCAACGUGUUGGGCACAGAGGAUAACGGACCCGCCAGGAAAUGGGUUUCUCUCAUCCGAAGAACCUUAAACAGCCUCCCGGAGAAGAGCGGCGGAAGCUGCCGGACUCCUUCGCCGGUUCCCCACCCGAUCGCCGAGCUCGACUCUGACUUCGAAGGGGCUAAUAACUCGUCCUCAUUCUACCACCGGAGGUCGUUUCAGUCACUGAGCAGGAGCCUGAGGAUGAUGAACGGCGGCGAGGACAUGUCAAUGUCAUCAUCAUCAUGUUCCAUGCAUGUGCAGCCGCAGCUUGACAGGAGGUUCAGCGUGUGUGACCGUUUCAUGAUGGGGGGUGGUCAUAGACACGAGGACCUGUACGAGCAGAGCUUCAGGUAUGGCUCCUCGGAAGCAGAGUCUCCUCCUCCAGGUAUGGCUGCUUGUGAUCAGCAGUGUUCUCCGGUGAGAGACAAGGCAAAGUAUUGUCUGGUGGCGAGUAAGCAGAUGGUUGGGAUAUUCCUAAGCGUGUGGGUGAAGAGUGAUCUAAGGGACAGUGUCAAGAACCUCAAAGUCUCUUGUGUUGGCCGAGGCCUCAUGGGUUAUCUCGGUAACAAGGGCUCGAUAUCGAUAAGCAUGUCGGUGCAGGAGACGAGCUUGUGCUUUGUGUGCAGCCACUUGUCAUCCGGUCAGAAAGAAGGGGAUGAGCUUAGACGAAACUCUGACGUUUUGGAGAUUCUUAGGAAGACCAGAUUCCCCAGAGUGAACACCAACAACAACGACAAGUCUCCUCAGUCGAUUUUAGAACACGAUCGGGUGAUAUGGCUUGGAGACUUGAACUACCGAAUAGCACUAUCUUACCGGUCUGCAAAGGCCCUUGUCGAGAUGAGAAAUUGGAGUGCCUUGCUUCAGAAAGACCAGCUACGGUUAGAACAAGGGAAAGGCAGAGUCUUUGAAGGAUGGAGUGAAGGGAGCAUCUAUUUCCCACCAACGUACAAGUACUCCAGCAAUUCAGAUAUAUAUACCGGCGAUGAUCGCCUUCCAAAAGCCAAGCGACGCACUCCUGCAUGGUGUGAUCGUAUACUCUGGUAUGGGAGUGGUCUUACUCAGCUGUCAUAUGUUCGCGGGGAAUCAAGAUUCUCUGAUCACAGGCCUGUCUACAGUUUGUUCUCUGUGGAGGUUGAAUCGGUUUAUAGAAACCGUAUCAAGAAAAGCUCCAGUUACUCCAGCUCUAGGGUUGAAGUUGAGGAACUUCUUCCUCAGCGGGGUUUGGUCAACAUCUCUGUGCAUUUCCCUGUGCUUUUGGGUUGGAACAGGGCAAGAUUCGAGUGA